AUGCAGUUCUUGGUGCGAGAGGAGACGCCGGGCAAUGAAUGGCACUGGUCCAUUGCAGAUCGCCGUUCACACGCUGGCUUCAUGCAGGACAGGAGAGGUGGAGCGGCGUGGGCGAUGAAGCCAGAGAAGGAGUCGCCGCGACUGUAUUUGCAACGCUGGCAUGGAGUUCCUCAUCGCAUUCCUAUCGCGGCAGGCAUCGACGGCGAAGGAUCUGUGGUUGCACCCAGCGUGUGGAACGGCGACGAUCAAACGCUUCCCCGGCCACGUUGCGAGAUGCGGCAGCCAAUGCCAUUCACUGAAGCGCAAACUCCAGACAAGCGCGCUGGAUCAGCAGGCCCUGCUCGGCGCAAGGUGACUUCGCGUCCCUUCGAUGCAUCCCACGCCGUCACGAUGCCAGAUCGCCUCGCCGCGAACGAACUGGAGCGUGAAUUGAUGCCUCCGACGCUCUCCAUGGCCCCCAGGCUCCCUCCGGGGCCACGGCUCACCUCACCCGCACCGAUGCGCAGCUCUCCCAUGCGCAUCCCACGCUGCCCCGAAGCGCCAGGGCUGAACCAGGGUCCUCAGCGCCGCCGCCAUCCACUCCAGCGGGUGGCUUGUUCCCAUAGCCACAAACCCACUGCUCCCCUCGCACCUGGCACCCACCGCCUGUCCAACGGCUUCGACGCCGCCAUCGCGCGGGAACGGGGCUUGGCCGGUGCAGGUGCCCCCUUCACUACCGCCAUGCACAGAAGCACCCUUGUGCGUCCACAGGCAGGGGUGCUAGUAAUGCCCGUCCGCUGA